UUGCGGAAACAGUCUGCUCCUUUACCAUCCAAAAAGUGCAGCGGACACGACUAGCAAGCGAUCUACGGUCAAGCCGUCUGAAGUUCGCCUUGUCGCCCAAAAUGUGACACCACAACCUGCCAGUAGUAGACAAUAAAAAAAUUUUAGCAAAGUUUUAAAGUGUAUCAUGUGUGCUAUUUCUGUAAAUUUAUAACCCCGCUUUUGGAGGAGGAAUUCGAAAUCCUACAUCAACAGUGGGAAAUACCGUUCUAGUUUCCUGGUGCGCUAAACAAGUGGUUAAUUAUUUUCAUCACGAAUUGGAGCUUCAUUGGUUUUCGGCAUUCCAGAUUUGCACCAGGAUCUUUUGUUUUUUUUUGUGUGUGGUGUGUGACAGGUCGCACGAUGCAGGCAACAGAUUACGACCAAGAUUUGUGUCCUGACUAUGGAGCUUUACCAGAUGAUUUAUCAGAAUUCAUGAAUGACAGUUACCUGGUGAAUAUGCUUGACGCAGAUGGCCUCUUCGCUGAUGAUCCCAUGUUGAUUUUUGAUGGCGAUGACUUAGAUGACACUCCCUUGACAAAAGAGCUGCCCGGCCAACACGGAAACCAGCAGGUAGAUCAGAUUAAACCGAAAGGAAAAAAUAACAUUCUUCAAAAAAGACCUAGAGCCACAUUAUCAAAACGGAGCACCAAAAAACAAAAAGCUGAAGGCAGUGACACAGGCUCAAUGCCGAGUCAGGGAGAUCUUUCGUGUCUCUCCACAGCACCACAAAGCAUCCUUCAUCUCCAAAGCUCCAUCCAGUUUGUCACCUUCCCAGCCGCUACAUCUUAUCAGUUGAAGAUGCAAACGACUCGUCCUCCAGUUGGCCGCCUCCCAUAUCCCGUCGCUGCUGCACCAACAUGCAUAUUGGUACACGUAUCUCCUUCGCCAUCAGUAUCCAAACUCCAGGUGCCACCCUUUUCCCCAGAGGACAGUGCAGUAGUACCGGCCCAAAUGAGCUCACCCCCAUCCGGGACAUUGUCGGACACCACUAGCAAAGUCAUCUGUCCACCUUGUGAUUACGACGGUGCCUCCAUUUCAGAGAUGACUCAACGUAAUGCGUCAAACACCGUUCAGCAGUCUCCCACUACGUUCGAUUUACCUGAAAGUGUCAAGAACUACAUCCGAAUCGCCAAAGCCCAAAUGCAUCAAAUCUGCGAGGAGAUGGAGCCAAGGUUGAAUUUGAGCAGUCAUUACGUGGAUGUGCAAGUUAUCCAGAGAGAGUCGUUUUGCUCGGGGAAGAAAAAGAACAAGUGUCCGAACAAAGACCUGUUGGCCAUGGGAGAUACGGAUCGACAAAAAAGACGGAUUAAAUUGAACCAGAUAUUUGAGAAGUCCACCGGAGAUAAACCAAAACGACAUAUCCUCCUGCUCGGUAAAGCAGGCAUGGGAAAAACCACCCUCAUCAGGAAGCUGUGCCAUGACUGGAGCAGAGACGGCCUCCCCCAGUUUGAUUUUGUCUUCUUGUUGGACGGCAAAGAUCUCAUCUCUUCAAGGAAGUCGUGCUGCGGUCUUCAGACUUUACUACUGGACCACGCUACCGUCGCCACUUCCGUUAUAAACACCGAGGAAGUGUACGCUCAAGUCCUUGCAUCCCCUAAACGUGUGCUGAUCAUUUUUGAUGGAUUUGAUUCUCGGGAUUAUGACAUUCUGUUUCAAGAAAAAAACUUGACAGCCUUGUUCGAGAGAGAGACGAAAGCAAAGUCCUUUACAGUUAGACAGCUGUACUCUGCCAUCCUCCAAAGGGUGCUACUUCCAGGAUGCUUUCUUCUGAUUUCUGCCAGACCCAAAGGCACCACCGCCUGCCCACUCGCGCAGCGAAUGGACUGCCUUUUGGAGGCUCAUGGAUUCACCCUUCCAAAUAUCGAAGCAUAUUUUUCCAGGUACUUUGCCGAUCCUGAUCUCAGGGACUCUGCUUUGAAAUGCUUUGAAAAGUCCAGCUAUCUACGUCAUCUUUGUUGGAAUCCUGGAAUCUGUCGACUGGUGUGCUUGGUUUUGGAACAUACCGAAGGCUCAGAGGGCCUUCCGAGGACUUUAACUGAGCUCUGCCAUCAAGUGCUUUGUAUUAAAAUUAAAAAUGACAACCGGGGCCGUUGCCCUUGGGCUGAAUCGCAAGGCUCAAGGCGAGCUCAGGUGAAGAAAAGAACAGGGCAGUCAAGGGGGAAGGAUCCAAUCGAAACCGAUGAGAUUAAAACCGCUCAUGGGGAAAUUGGUGAAAAAGAAAUGCUGUCCCGUUUGAGCUCUCUGGCCUGGGAAGGAGUGAAAGCCAACGUGUCCGUCCUCCCCCAAGAAGCAAGUUCAUGCUCAAAACUCAAGACAUUCGGACUCGGGAAGGGAUUCUUCCGUGCUCACCACGCGACUGCAGGACAGCUCGGCUCCUGUUGCGAGAGGAAGGAAAGAGAAGGAGAAGUGGAAAGGCUAUUUGAAAGUGAAAAUGCAGAACAAAGGCAACAUCGACGACGGACCCACAUAGAAGAAAAUGUCAGCGAUGACGAUGUCUUGAUGUGGAUGGAUCCAUUCCUUCAGAGUUACCUGGCAGGACUCCACUUGUCCACGGCAAGAAAUGUUUGGUCCCAGUACUUCCUCCAGAACCUCCUUUCCCAGCCUGGCCUAAAGGGACGCCGACGUCCCCAAGGAGAAGUGCAAGAGCUCACUCGGCGUUUUGCGUUUGGCAUCCUGUUCCUUAAACCAACCGAGUUACGCAAGCUUCAUCUCGACAUAAACUCCGGGAAGCGUGCCUUAUUCACCGAACGUUUUGAGGGUCUUUCCCUUGCCGACCUGGGCCCCGAUCAGGUCCUGGAAGUGUGCCACUAUGCUUUCGAAGCAAGUUUCUCGUAUGACAACGGCGGCGGUGACGGUGGCGAGGCACCACUGGUCACUCACCUGGCAGAAAACCUACCGGAGGUCCUCACGUUUCGCGGAGUGCCACUUGGCCCGCUCGACGCAUACGUGGUGCAGAAGAUUCUUGAAAGGGCUGAAAACGGAGGUAGAACAUUUUCUUUGGACCUCGAGAACACCGGGAUACCGAUUCCAGGACUCAGAUCCCUGGUGGGUCUUGGCAGCUGCACUACAUACAGGGCCUGCAUCGCUGAUGUCAUCGCCCUGUGGGAGCAGUUAGAGCAGAGCGGUGAAAGGAAGCCCCUUCAACAUUUUGUGACCAAGUUCAAGAUCCACCCAAUGAAGGUCAUGCAAGUGCGCCAAAUAGAACACCUGGCCAAGCUUGUGAACAUUCACACGCACGGGAGGCUGUCGGACUGUCUCGGCGAACUUGACGCCAUCCUGGAGAACGGCGUUCCAGCGGUCAAGGAGCUACGCAAACUGGAGUUCGAGAUUGGUCCAGAGCGCGGGCCUCAGGCUAUCCCCAAACUUUGGGAGUUUCUCCCAAAUUUACAUGACCUCCAGCACCUCGAUUUGGAGGGCAACAAGAUUGGCGACAACGGCGCCGAGCAGUUGGCUAAUCAUUUUGCCUCCCUCUGUUUUCUGCAGAUACUCAAUCUGUCACAGAAUUACAUCGGAGAUGAUGGGGUCAAAAAAAUGGCAACAGCAUUGAAAGAUCUACCCAAAUUGCACUGCUUAAUCCUCUACAGCAAUGUGAUUUGUGAUGAAGGUGCCGCCACUUUAGCCGCUGUCCUCCCUCACAUGGCAUCAUUGACUGACCUCGACGUGAAGUAUAACAAGCUAUCAGAUGUGGGUGCACAAUGUUUGGGAGCCAGCCUCAGGAAAUGUCAGAAAAUGAAGACUUUAAGGAUGUGGAACCAGUCUAUUCCGUAUGGCAUAUUUGAGAGACUCCAGCAUCAGGAUCCCAGAAUCCUUUGGCAUUAGUAGCGCACCCCCCAUGCACACACCAAUUUCUGGUACACUUCAUCAUAGGUACUGUAUGUGCUGUCCAUAUACUGUAUAACAGCAUAACGAGAAGGGAAAGGUAUUUGUCUAUGGUUGUAGUUCCAAUAUCCCACCGAGUGCUUAAAUUCAAUUGGCCCCUUGCUGUCUUUAUAUUAUGUUCUCCAUAAGUGAUAAUGCCUGGCGCAUUUUCACUGUUGUUUCAGACUGGAGAAAUAUGACUCGCUGAUGAGCGAAGUCAAAAAAAUUGUGUACUUUAUAUGACUCUCUUUUUGACGUCCUUUGUAGAACACGCUUUGGGUGUUUGCUCAGUUCUUUUUUGGUAUGUAUUCAUAUUGUUAACAUUCACGUCACUUUAUGAGUUUAUUCAAGCAAUGACUUCCUGAUCA